AUGGUGCGGGUAUGUCAAGCACUACAUGAGAGGGGGGAGGAGGAGAGGACAGAGGGGGGGAGAAGGUGCGCUGAGAGGGGGGAGGAGGAGAGGACAGAGGGGGGGAGAAGGUGCGCUGAGAGGGGGGGAGACCCGGUGCUACCCCUCCUAUCCCCCCCUGCUUCUCCUCCUUUCCCCCCGGUGCUACCCCUCCUUCCCUGCUUCCCCCCAUCCCCUUCCCUGCUUCCCCCCAUCCCCUCCCCUUCUUCCCCCCAUCCCCUUCCCAGCUUCCCCCCAUCCCCUUCCCUGCUUCCCCCCAUCCCCUUUCCUGCUUCCCCCCAUCCCCUGGCACCCGCACUCUCACUCUCCUUUCCUCCCGCACUCUCUCUCUCCGUCCUCUCCCACUCGCACUCUCCUUCCCCCCACCCUCUGCCCAGUUGUCACCUGCCCUCCCAAUGCCUGCCUUUCCCUCCCUGCCCUGCGCUUUCCUUCCCCAUCCCUUCUCAACCCUUCCCUUCCUUUUCAUGCCCUCCCCUUCCCCCUCACUCCUCACCUUCCACCCUCUAUGGUGAAGCAGAAGAGCAAGCUGAGGCGCAGCUAAAGCUAGUCCAUGCUUUACACCGUACCACCACCUGUUUCUUGUGUGUUGUAUGCAAUCAUGUUCUGCGGGGGGGAAGGAGGAGAGGACAGAGGGGGGAAGGAAGGGUGAUAUACCAGUUUGCGAUAAAUUCCCCUAAUUUCCCCCCAAUCCCCCCUCCGCUCCCUCUCAUUCCCCCCUCUGCUCCCUGUCAUUCCCCCCCCCCUGCUCCCUCUCAUUCCCCCCUCUGCUCCCUCUCAUUCCCCCCUCUGCUCCCUCUCAUUCCCCCCUCUGCUCCCUAUCAUCCCCCCCCCCCCCCCCUGUUCCCUCUCAUUCCCCCCUCCGCUCCCUCUCAUUCCCCCCUCUGCUCCCUCUCAUUCCCCCCUCUGCUCCCUAUCAUCCCCCCCCCCCUGUUCCCUCUCAUUCCCCCCUCUGCUCCCUGUCAUUCCCCCCCCCCUGUUCCCUCUCAUUCCCCCCUCUGCUCCCUCUCAUUCCCCCCUCUGCUCCCUAUCAUCCCCCCCCCCCUGUUCCCUCUCAUUCCCCCCUCUGCUCCCUGUCAUUCCCCCCCCCCUGUUCCCUCUCAUUCCCCCCUCUGCUCCCUCUCAUUCCCCCCUCUGCUCCCUCUCAUUCCCCCCUCUGCUCCCUGUUAUCCCCCCCUCCGCUCCCCAUAA